AUGGCAGAGCCCAGCCAGCAGGGUCAAGAGAAUGACCAGCAAGGCAUCAAUGGGGUUGAGCAGUGGGGUGAUUACAUUGCUGCUAUCAAUGUAUUCAAGGCCAUGGCGAGUAACAACUAUGGGCCACGCAAUACGUCAAAGGCCCUCGUACCAGCUACCAAUAUGGCAGCUUCUCGCUCAGGCAGACUUGCUGUUCCAGCCCUAGCCCCAGCCAAAGCUCCCGCUCGGAUUUUAGGCGCUCCGGCGGAAACAGAACAUUCACUUCACGUUUCGCCAAACGCGAAUAGAGCCGUCACCACUGACAACCAAGUGACCAGUGACCAAGCAGCAACUGGCGUGUCUACUCCAGCUGCUAUCAGUCCAUCUGAAGGUAUGACACCACGUCUCUCCUCGUCUGCAACGGCAAAAGAUACCUCUUCCAUAAAGAUGGAGGGAGAGCAAGCUGAGCCAAGCCAAACACCAGCUGGUGAGAGCAACAAGGCACAAGAUCUUCAGUUGGCUGCAGGAGACUCUGACGGUUCGGAUGAGGUCGUGUUUCGACAAGGCGAACUGCGUAUGGUCGGACCUAACAUCCCAUACGGCUUCCGAAAAGACGAAACCUUGAAGGCUCCUAAGUCUGUUGGUCAGAUCAAGAUGAACUACCCCCAGGUACAAGAGAAUAACGAAAAUCAUCCUCCUCAUAAACGCCGUCCUAGUCGUGGACGUAACCCUAGGAAGCACAACCCUCCAGCAAGAUCAACCCAUAAACAAGGGUCCGAAACUAAUGGCGUUAUUAUAAAGCCCCCGGCUACAGCCAUCGACCGUAUCAAGGAGGCCACGAAGGCGGAGUUGCUUGAGUUCCAAAAAAAAGAAAUGGAGCGAUAUGGAAAGAAAGUGAUGGGCCUCUUACCAGAGGAGUCGCCAGAAUCCAUCGCACUGAAUCUUGCCCGUCAAGGUCCUGGGGUUGACCCAGAUUCUGUGUUCUGCAAAGAGCACCCAUUAUACCUUUUGACUGAUUUGGCGGAAAGCCUCAAAGACAAGACCAACGAGGCUCAAGGCAAACUUGAAAGAAGAGAUGCUCGCCCCACUGAUGAUGAGCAGCAAUCUGGUCCGGCAAUGAACGAAUGGGCCCUUGGAAAUACGGCUAGCGCGGUUGCAGUGGACUGGCAAUAUCGUCCAUGGGAGAAAUAUGGCGACGAGUUCUUCGCUCAAAAAUUUCGCCAUUGGUUGGACAAGACAAUGAGAGUCGGUUUCAUCGUGGAUAUGACCCAGGACGAUUUUAGAAACGGGGAAUAUCAUGCAAACCUUGAUACUGGAAUGGGGCCCUCAACAUUUGUCUACCCCGAAACCGUGAGAGAUGCCUCCGACCCUGAGAACUUGAAGCACGCUCACGAGACUGCGAUUGGUUAUGUGCACAACUGGAAUCUCAGAAUCCGCCUAGAGGAAGAGUUCAAAGAAGCAGAAAAACAGGAAAGAAAGCUCUUGGCCAUUCUUCCAAAGCCAGACUCCGUUUCCAACGAACCAAAGCCAUUCGAACCGAAGCUCAACAUGUAUGUCCGUCCAGUCGAGCCAAAGGAUAUCAUUGCCCUUGUUGAGCUGUUCAACUGGUAUGUCAGAAACACGCUACGCCGAGCAGACACAGAAGAAAUAACCUACGACGAAAUGAGAGAGCACAUUGACGAACUUCAGCGAGACAAUUACCCUUUCAUUGUUGCUGUGCAGAGACACCCCCAUGCCUGGCAUGCUAUGAAUCAUGAAGCGGAGAUGUUGUACGGUUUCUGCUGCAUCAGCGACUUUACCGGGCCUCUUUCUACCCAGAGGUUUUCCUAUGACCUUGAAUUGUUCGUUCACCCAAAAAGACUCAAGUUAGGAGUCGCAAGCUGUCUCCUUGACAAGAUGCUUGAGAUCUGUGACCCCAAAUAUAAGGCCCGAGGGGGGUAUAUUUUUGACUGUUCUCUCGGGUAUACUUGGACCAAGGAAUGGCUGGACAAGAAAUUCGGCUUUGAAGAACAGGGUUGCCUGAGAGGAUUUGGAGUCAACAAGAAGACCAGGGUCAACGCUGGAUACAUGGUGUACAGCACAAACGCCGGCAUCCCGGAGAACGAGUAG